AUGAAUCACACAAUUUCACCCAUUUAUAUUCAGAAAACAUACGAUGCGCCGACAUUUAAAAAGCGCCAAACAUUAAUCAAAAGAGAGUCCACGAACCGCGAGCAUUUGAGUAAUGCUGCUAUAAUAGGAUUUGCAAAUGUCUACGGGAUUGACUUGACUAUCCGCUGUCCCGUGCAAAAGACAACGAGUUUGGUGACGUAUGAUCAUUUGACUAUUGAUAGCAUUGGCUCAACGGAAAUGACUGUUCCCCAUGAAUCGAUUACACGGAAUGAAAAGAAGUCGAUGUAUGCUUUAAUGUAUAACACUCUUUCGCAACAUAUCAUCACAACUAACUUUCUGAAUUGUCAACUCACAAAGCCACGAGUGACGACUAAGACACAAAAGCUCUUGAAGUUUAAAUGGAUCGACCCAUUCAAUGAACUGGGAUUCUAUCUGUUUGGUGCGGGGGUCAUCUCUAUCAUCCAAAACCUCCCCAAAGAACCAAUCAACAAGAAACAACAAAGCCUCCACCUUCUUCCACUCAACCAACAGAUCAUCCAACUCUUCGAGAAGUGCGUCGAUGACACAAGUAAGUUGAGUGAGAACGGAAAAAGGAUCUUUGCUUCUCAAUGUGAUUCUGUAUCUAAUCAUAUCGAAUCAAAUGGCGUUAAUGCGAACUGCGUUCUUGUUAACGAUACCACUACUUGUAAUACUAUUGUAAAUCUGAAUGACACGCCGAUGACAAGCACUCUAUGUGACUGUAACCCUUGCUUCCUUGGGCAACGCGAUACUAUUGCGACUGCAAAGGAGGAGGUUGUUGCUGGAGAACAGGUCAACUGCAGUUAA